AUGGGCAAACUGGCGCGGGCCAAGGACCGGCGCGCGAUCCUCGAGGCCACCAAGCAAGAUACACACACCAAUAUGGACCAAGUCACGUGCUUGGAGAACCUCUGUCUCUGCUUGCAGUCGUCAGCGCAGCACGCACUCGCCAACGCAUGCCUCCACGACCUCCUCGCCAUCUACGCGGCAACAUACGCGAGCGACCACGAAAAGGUAUUGCGCCUCCAACAAGCUGUUGCGGCCACCUAUGUCGCCCAGAAACGGUUCGAUGAGGCAUAUGCGCUCUACACGCACGUGAUUGAAGCCACGUCCGCCAAGCACGGUCGACAGCAUCUGGCGGUCGCCCAUGCGAUCGAAGGUCUCGGCCGCGGCUAUUUUCUCCAAGGCGCCUACGAGAUGGCCGAGGCAGCGUUCAAGGAGGCGCGGUCCAUUCUGCUGCAGCGGCUCGACGCUGGCAACGAGGAGCUCAGGCGCGCGUCCAACAACCUCGCGGCGGCGCCGACCACGAUUCAGUCGGACAAGCUCACGAUGGCCGGUGGCGGCAAGGCCAUCUCGACGGAGGCGUACCACCCGAACCCGAACGCCGUCAUGGACCUCGACUCGGGCCGCACCGAGCUGUAG